GCGGCUCCGCGGGGCUGGCGGCGAGAGCGCGGUGCCGCCGGCGGCCGACGAGCGACGGCGAGCGGCGGCGGCAGGGGCGGCAGGGGCAGCGGCAGCGGCCGGGGGUGCGCAGCAGGGCCCGCGGCGGGGGCGCGCCCGGCCCCCGGCAUGGCCCGGCAGUAGGCAGGGAGCGCCGCCCGCCCGCCGCUCCCGGCGGCAGCCCCCGCCGCGCCCCGUCCGUCCUAUGUGACCCGCCCCGGCGCCAAGAUGAAAGACGAUUUUGCAGAGGAGGAGGAGGUGCAGUCCUUUGGCUACAAGAGGUUUGGUAUUCAGGAGGGGACUCAAUGUACCAAAUGUAAAAAUAACUGGGCACUGAAGUUUUCCAUCAUCUUAUUAUAUAUUUUAUGUGCCCUGCUAACAAUCACAGUAGCCAUUCUGGGAUACAAAGUUGUAGAAAAAAUGGACAAUGUGACAGGUGGCCUGGAAACGUCCCACAGAAGAUAUACAGAAAAGCUCACAGAGGUGGAGAGUGACCUGAAGAAAUUAGAUGACCAGGCUGGACAAAAAGCCAUGAAUACUAACACUGAACUGUCUAGCUUCAGAUCUGACAUUCUCACUCUUCGUCAGCAGCUUCAUGACAUUGCAGAGAAAACUACCAGAAACAAAGAUACACUGGAGAAGCUGCAAGAGUCUGGAAAUGUAUUGGAUGAUAGGCAGAGCCAAAUGAAAAGUGCCUUAGAUAGUAACUCUUUCAUGAUCAUCAGUGUCAAUAAGACUCUUCAGGCAUAUACAGGUUAUAUCAACAAUCUUCAACAAGACACAAGUAAUAUUCAAACAAACUUGCAAAACCAAGUGCAUUCUCAUAAUGUGGUCAUCAUGAACCUGAACAACUUAAACCUGACACAAAUACAGCAAAGAAAUCUUAUCAGUGUCCUGCAGAAGUCAAUGGAAGAUACAAGCUUGGCUAUUCUAAGAAUCAAGAAUGACUUUCAAAAUCUGCAGCAGGUCGUCCUUCAAGCCCGGAAGGACACUGACUGGCUUAAGGAGAAAGUACAAAAUUUACAGACUUUGGCCGCCAACAACUCAGCAUUGGCAAAAGCUAACAAUGAUACACUUGAAGACAUGAACAAUCAGCUCAGCUCCUUCAGUGGGCAAAUGGAGAAUAUCACUACAGUUGCCCAAGCCAAUGAACAAAACCUAAAGGAUCUCCAGGAACAGCAUAAAGAAUAUGAAAACAGAACUUCUGCCAAAUUCAACCAGCUAGAAGAGAGGUUCCAGGUCUUCGAAACGGAUAUAGUCAAUAUCAUUAGCAACAUCAGCUACACUGCUCAUCAUCUACGGACACUGACUAGCAAUCUCAAUGAGGUCAGGACAACUUGUACAGACACCUUAAGUAAACAUUCAGAUGAGCUGAUUUUUAUGAACAGCACACUAGCCAAUAUUCGCUUAGACUCUGCAUCUCUUAAGAUGCAACAGGAUUUGAUGAGGUCAAGGUUAGAUGUUGAAGUUGCCAAUUUGUCGGUAAUCAUGGAGGAAAUGAAGCUGGUAGAUUCCAAACAUGGCCAGCUCAUCAAGAACUUCACUAUCCUACAAGGCCCUCCUGGUCCAAGGGGACCUAAAGGUGACAGAGGCCCUCAAGGUCCUCUUGGCCCCGCUGGCCUAAAAGGACAAAAAGGAGAGAAAGGAGAGCCCGGGCCACCAGGACCUGCAGGGGAAAAGGGCCCACCUGGGCCAACUGGGCCACCAGGAGAAAAAGGAGGGAAAGGUUCAAGAGGAUCGCCUGGCUCCAAAGGUCAAAGAGGUUCUCCUGGCAAGACGGGCCUGCCUGGACCAAGCGGAGACCCAGGCCCACCAGGUCCACAAGGCAAAGAUGGUCCACCUGGGCCACAAGGUCCACCAGGGUUUCAAGGCUUGCAAGGAACUGUGGGAGAGCCAGGGGUACCAGGACCUCGAGGACUACCUGGGCUACCUGGAAUCCCUGGGCUGCCUGGACCAAAGGGCCCACCUGGCCCACCAGGGCCACCAGGUCCAGGGAUGCCAAUGGCACUACAAAGUGAACCUACAUCAGUGCCCGAGGCUAAUGGUUGUUCUCCUCAUUGGAAGAACUAUACAGAAAAGUGCUACUACUUUUCAAUUGAAAGAGAAAUUUUUGAAGAGGCAAAGUUAUUCUGUGAAGAAAAGGCAUCAAGCUUGGUUAUCAUAAACAACAAAGAGGAGCAGCAAUGGAUAAAAAGGCAGAUUUUUGGGAAAGGCAGCUUCUGGAUUGGACUAACGGAUUCAGAGAAGGAAAAUGAAUGGAGAUGGCUGGAUGGAUCCUUACCAGUUUACUCAAACUGGAAAACUGGGCAACCUGAUAACUGGAGCCAUGGGCAUGGGCCAGGGGAAGAUUGCGCCGGAUUAAUCUAUGCUGGGCUCUGGAAUGACUUCUACUGUGAAGAUGUUAACAAUUUCAUUUGUGAAAAAGACAUGGACAAAGGGCAAGCAUUUGGAGUGUAAUAGGCUGUGACUUUACAGUUACCUACAUACUAUGGAAAUUUACUUAAAGAAGAAAAUCCUCAGAAAAAACAAGCACUGAAAACUGGUUUAAAUGCAUAAAGGAAUUCAGCAGCAACUCUUCUCCAGCAUCCUGCAAUUAUUUGAGGCCUAUCAACCCACAGCAUCAGGAAAUACCAUUGGACUUCUUCUGUUAUAGAUUUUCUUCCCAACCAGUAACCACAUACAUAAGCAACUUGUGUCUUCUGAGAAAAGACAUUCUGUCAAUCUGAGUAAGACUGUUGGCCACUCAUAUAGAAAAACAUAUAAAGCAACUGUGUAAACAGUAUGUUUCAUUUGCUAAAAUCCCAAAUGUAGGAAAAUUAUACAGAUACACAAAUAUAUAGAUUUUAUAUAAAUAUAUAUAUAUAGUCCAACUCUUAUCAAUAAUAUGGAAUAUACUUUUAAGAGCUUUUAAAACUUUGUAUUUUUGUACAAAAUAUUUGCUUUUUACAAUUGUUCUCUUUUUUUACUGACGUUUUUUACAAAUAUAGUGCACAGGGGCCAAAGAAAACAAUAAAGGUACUAAUAAUUCAUUAAGGUUUGCUGUCAGGCCUAGCUCAGCUAUAGAGAAAUAUUUUUCCAGUUAGAAAUAUUUGUACUUUCCCAGAUGAUUUGUUCUGGUUAAAUAACUUUUAAAAGCAGAUUUUAGGUAGUGUUUUCUUUAUUAUAUGCAGUCCAGUCUGAGUGUGUAACAAUUAAGUUGACUAAGGACUAGAUACUCGUUAUAGCUCUGAUCACAGCCAGUGUUCCAUCAGGGUACUAUGCAAAGACCAUGUUAAUAAAAGCUUUUCCUUCCUUCCUUCCUUCCCUCCUGCUUACCUGCCUGCCUGCCUUCUUUCCAGCCUGCCUGCUUUCCUGCCCUCCUGCCUUCCUUCUGCUCAUGAGAAAGGGCCACAGAAGUAAACCUCCGAGUUUUUAAAAUGGCUCUGAAAUGUUUUCAUUUCUUCUCCAUUCUUGUGAGGAAUUCUACCCCAGUAGGUGCUACCCACGUUGCAAGGCAGAUGAAGGAUUUUAUGAAAACAGAAUCAAAGGAGCUGCACACACUGAAAUAUGUUUCUUUUUAAGAGAGAUUUCAAAACUUGGUAAGAAAAACAUGCUAUACUCAGAAGAGUCUAAUCAACUUGCACUUCUCCAAAGUGCUUUGUAAAUCGAUCUCUCUGUUUUCUUGGACCAGUACUUCUCUCCCAAACAAACUAGGAAAUAAAAUAUGCUUCAAAACAGAAAGCAGUGUGGCUGAUCAGAUGAUAUCAUCACCCAGCCAGUUUCCUCCACAGUCCCAUGAGCUGUUGUCUAGGCAGUAGUGCUGCUUAUCAGGAAUUUUAAAAAUUAGCAACCAGUUAAAUUUCAUUAGCAGAAAUCAUGGUUUCAGUUCCCAAUUUUUAUACUCUGAAUGGCCACACACUAUACCACGAAGGAAGUUGGUUUGCCUCCUUGGGAAGGAGGGUUGUUUUUCUGUUGCCUUCUGACCUGCAGUUUACCUUGGCUGAAUGCAGAUAAGUUUGUUGAAAUACUCCAGCUCUGUUGGAAAGAGGCAAGAUUUUGUACUUCAGAUUUUCAAAUAUUGCUCCUAAGACCAAUCAGUUAAAACUUGCUGCUUUCCUACAUCCCACACUCCCUCCAGUGUUCAUUCGGGGGUGUGGCUUUUUAAUUUUAACUAUACUUUGCUUGAAGAAAAUACACAAAAUGUUACUUUUGGGACUCUGUCCUGUGGUAUGUAUUAGAUAUGAGACAGGAACAGCAUGAAAAUCACAUGUGUUUAAUUAAAAGCGAAAGGUCUGUGUGUUGCAGCUGCAGAAACCACGUGCCGCCAUCUUGGAGGCAGAGCUUUUCUCCAGACAUUUUGGAUUUCCUGAGACUUUUCCUUUGGCUUUUUCCUUAGGUUUUGAAUACAACAGGAUUCUGCCGUACACACCCUCUCAUGCUGUGCCUAGGUGUUGUGUGUAGAUACACACUGUAGUGUUUACAUAUAUAUUUACAAAGUGUCUGUGGAGAUAAUGUUAAACUGCUAUUUUUGGAGAAUGAGGCAGAAAACUACUACUUUGUAUGCCCAGAGAGCCUCACAAACCCUGGUGAGUGGAGCUUUGUGGAGUCACACUGAGUUAGAAGCACAGCUAACUUUGUUUUGAAUUAUGGCUUAUUUAGGAGAAAUAAGCCCAUUCUGAGCAUCUGCUACAUUAAAUGAUGUUCUUCCUGCUUUUUCCUGAUGUGAUAGACUUCUGUCCACAAAAGAAAUUCAUGAGAAACCUCUGUGUAAGCCCCAGCUGUACUGUUUCCUUGCCCUGAUUUCAUCCUUCUCUUCCUUCAGUAAUAGAGUGAUGGUACAUAUCACGAUGAGAUGAGCCAAAAGUCAUCUAGUUUCCUCCACUCCCUCUAAAGAGGUUUUCUGUGCAGUGGUGAUCAAUAGAUAUAACUGCACUUAAUGCCUGCACAAGGUUACAGAAAUGGUGUUUAUCAGUGAUAGCUGCUUAGCUCGUUGAAAACUAGCACAGCAGCUAUGCUAAACUUCGGGCAUUGAACUAGGACAGCUUAAGGAUGCAGCGCGUUUACGAAUUAAAUAGUCAUUUCAAGUGAAUUUCAGUGCCGGGUUGUAAUUCUCUAUAAUAAUGCUUUAAACUUCCACCUUUAACUGAGAAGCGAAAUGUGCCUGGGCUCAAGCUCUCUGUUCACACGUUUGAAGGAAAGACUGUAGCUGUUAGUCAAUACUGGCUGGAGAGGGAUGCUGCAGUUGCAUGCUUGGUGUGUUCAGUCAUCCUUAAAAUCUGGCCUGAGCAGCCAGGUGGGCUGAGACAGACUACCUUUCUGACCCAGUAUUCCUGCAGGAGGGAAAUGGAGGUGUCAAAUGGCAACAAAGAUUGAAAUCACUGGGAGGAUUGGGAGAGUGUUAAGACAGCUCAGGAACUCGUCACAGAAAGGAGAUUGGCAAGGGAUGCAAGCAGGACACCAGAGAGGGCCAAGAAAUUGUCAUGAAAGUCAGAGCUGCCACACAGGGUCUGGAAAACAUCCCCAUUAGAUCUGCUUUCUGUAUGAUUUGAGUGAUAACGCAGGUUGUAUGGAAAGUUUUAAGUGAUAGGAAAUCAUUUUGUCCCAGCUUGAGUUUUGGCUUUCCUUAUGCACAAAUACUGUAACUUGGCAUAUUGAGUACACAUUUCCAUCAUUCUUUUUCUUGUUUUACAUCAAACUAAAUGCAAGUUCAAAUACCCUGGCAAGCACUGGGACUGUUGCAGGAAGGGGAGGGGAAGGCAGAGAGAGUGCAAAGUCAUUGCAAUUUACAUCCAGCACUGGAUUUCUUAAUGUCAUUUCUGAAUUCUUUCAUUAAUUUAUUUGGAAACACCUUCAGCUGAUUAGAGCAUAUAAAUCUGAAACUCUCAUCCCCUUUGAUGUCUAUAAAUAAUAACUGCAAAUGUUCCAAUAAAGGAAGCACUAAGCUGA